GUGGUCCUGCUGCCGAUGCCGCGGCUCCGGUGAGGCAGGUAGUUCGAAACGGUCUCCGACGCCUCGCAGAGCAGUUGCCUAGCAACAGACCUAGGCCCGCCUGACCACCCGGCCGUGCGGGCUGCGCGAAGGCGGCUCAGGCUUUCACUAAAUCUGUUGGCAAUGUCUAUGAUCUUAUCUGCCUCAGUGGUCCGUGUUAGAGAUGGGCUCCCGCUAUCUGCCUCUACAGAUUAUGAGCAAAGCAUGGGAGUGCAGCAAUGUAGAAAAUAUUUUAAAACACUCUCGAAGAAGCUUGCUCAGCUUCCUGAUAGAUGUACGCUGAAAGCUGGCCAGUAUAAUAUAAAUUUUAUUAGCUCUCUGGGAGUGAGCUACAUGAUGCUGUGCACUGAAAAUUACCCCAGUGUUCUGGCUUUCUGCUUCCUGGAUGAGCUUCAGAAAGAGUUCAUCACCACGUACAAUAUGAUGAGGACAAAUACUGCCAUCCGGCCAUACUGUUUCAUAGAGUUUGAUAAUUUUAUUCAAAGGACCAAGCAGAGAUAUAAUAACCCACGGUCUCUGUCGACAAAGAUAAAUCUUGCUGACAUGCAGACAGAAAUCAAGCUGAGACCACCUUAUCAAAUUUCCAUGUCUGAACUUGGUUCAACUAAUGGAUUUGCACACUUAUCUGCUGCAGAAUUUAAGGGUACUGGUAAGAUAUCUACUGCUCCUCAUCAACGACUGGAAGCUGUUACUCUGCCAGGGAUUGUUUCAUUUAUACUGAGCCUGUUAUGUGGGGCUUUGAAUUUAAUUAGAGGAUUUCAUGCCAUAGAAAGUCUUCUGCAGAACGAGGGUGAAGAUUUCAGUUAUGUCAUUGCAUUUUUCCUUGGAACAGCAGCCUGCUUGUAUCAGUGUUAUUUAUUUUUAUACUGCACAGGCUGGCGGAAUGUCAAAUCCUUCCUGACUUUUGGUUUAAUCUGCCUCUGUAACAUGUAUCUGUACGAACUGCGCAAUCUCUGGCAGCUCUUCUUCCACGUGACAGUGGGAGCGUUUUCAGCAUUACAAAUACGGCUAAGACAACCACAAGGGAAAUCCCCUGAUUACAAUGUCUGACCCAAGUCCUGGGAUGUCCUAAGGCAGUCUCAGUCCACCCAUGGUUCCCUCUCAGGAAUGAAAAGCUUUUCUCCAAAAGAAGUGUUUUUUAUUUGCUUUUUUUUUUUUAAAGAUCAACACAAGAUGCCUGUGGACGUUUGUGACUUGAGAACUUAGACUUAUCCUCAUUGAAGACUGAAGACACACACAAUACAGGAUUAGUGGAGGAAAAUGGGUCCUAUCCAUGCAGAUCAUUGUCCCUUGAGGACAGAUAAAAGUUUGGAGGACUUGACUGAUAGCAGGAAAAAGCCUUCUUCAAAAGUAUGAUAGUGGAAAAAGAUAUAUAUACAGGGCAUGUUCUGCAUAUCAAGUGAGCACUCCAAUUCCAAAAUCAGUUUUGCCUUUGUGAGGCAGUAGUAUAGGCUGAAUACAAAGAUGCUAUUGCAUAUUAGCAGACUAUUGGAACGAGUGCGUUACUAAAUGUGAAACUAUUGGAUUGCACAUUAAAUUUAAUGGGAUGCGUGAAUGUGUUUUCUUAAUUAAAGCCUAACCUGGAAACCAUCUGUUUAUGGGGAUUAGCUCCUUGGUCCCAGUGGCCUUCCAUCUAGUGCUGAGUUAACUAUAAAUCUUGGUAAAUAUUUUUCUCUGUAUAAUUUGUUUUUAAUGAUCUUUUGAAAGUGACCUUUAUGGACAAGUUUUAUUUAAGUAAAUAACCUAAAAUUCUGUCUCUUGGCCCUCUUUGCUCUCCUCCUCUAUUUGAACACUAGAAGUUUGAAAAGAAGUUGCCAGGUGGGUAAACAAACAUUGAUUUGAAACCUGUUUGAGCUAUUGCUUGUCUCUCUACAUUUUAUGAGCUGGAUUAAUAGCUGAAACCUAACUUAGCAUAUAGGCAACUGGUGGUGAGCUUAUUUCCAUCAAUCAUAAACGGAGUUCAGUUUAAAAAAAAUCCUUUUUGGAUCCAGGGAUUUUGUUGGUCUGGUAGAUUUACAUUUUACUGAAUUGGAGUCGAACCUCACUAAUGUGUAUUAGUGGCUGGGACAGCUAUGUAGAGUCCCAGAGUUUGUGAAUUAAUUAGCAGAUGAACAAUCAAGGCUAUUACAUUGCAUUCUAUUUCUUUUGACAAUCAUAUUUUGAGUUAAUUAUUUCCAGGGCUUUAUAGUACACUAGUAAAUAUAUUUUAAUAUAGUUUGCUCAAGUAGUGAGGUGUAAUAAAAACUAAAGCCUUCAGAAAAGUUUUAAUAGCAGGAUGGCUUCCACAUUGCUUGUGAGCAUUACUAGGCUUGGUGAUUAGUGAGGUUCUGCUUUACUAUGAAAUGCUACUCAUCAGAUCUCUGUAGGCGAUCCCCACAUAAAAUGCUCUCUUCGGUAAUUUAUUGGCAAUCAAGCUGAUAGCAGAGAAGUAAUACCUAGACUGGGAACAACUAUUGUUUUUUUUAAAGGAAGUGACCUUACUCAAGGGGAUCCAGGUGCCCAAGACCAAGAUAAUUUACAGAAAAUGGAAUCAGUCCUAAAUGAACAGCAGUGUGUGACAGAGUUUUUGCUACCUUCAGAUGAAGAUUUGCUUAGUGCUCUUCCCUGUUAUGCUCGUCUGAUAUUCUCAACAGCUCAGUUAUUUAUCAUGCAUUCACUGCACUCUUUAUCAGCCCCAACUGCAUCUUGAAUCCUGAAAUGAACAGUUGUUUGUAAUGAUUAUUGUACUUGAUUUUUUCCUCUUCUGUAGGGUUUUCUGAAUUUUCACUUAAAAAUGCAUCUGACGCGGCCUGCAACCUCAUCAACUGUUGUGUGAUUGUUUACUCUUAAUCUGAAAACUGCCAAGUCUGUAUUCAGAGAAUAAUGCACGGAAUGUUACAUAGUUCUGCAGGUUAUAUAUACACAACCCACCACACUCGGGUGUGGACAGACUUUUUUCUAAUAUAUAUAAUUUACAAAAUAUAGAAUUUGGUAUAUCUGUUAGAUCUCCUUGUUUUCAAUAUUACAAAAUAAAAAAUACAAAAACAAGAAAGUUGAGGGGGGGGUUCCCCCUAAAGUGUCUCUUGUUUUCAUCUAGUCUUUCACAUGUAAACUGAGAUAUAUACCAAAGAAGAGCACAGAAGACUUUCAUUUAAUAAAUAUGUUUGCAGAGCCAUGUUUCCUCAUCUUGAUCUGAGGUGUACCAGUCCUAUUCAGAAGAGUAGCCCGUUAGCCAUGUAAGAGAAAGGGGACAGUUUUAUAGGGCAAGGUGUCUUUUUCAACCUAAAAAACAUUACCGAUGCUGUUCUGAAAGGCCCUUUGUGUAGAACAGUGGGUGUCACUUUUAAUUUUGAAAGCCUAUCAAACAGCUAAUAAAAGAAUAGGGGUACACUUGAAAGAACUGACCGUAUGGAACGGAAAUAUUAUAGGAGUGCAAAUCCUUUCCAAAAUAAUGCUUUGUAGUGAAUCAUACAUUCCUUCAACCCAGUAAAAUUUUGUGUAGCUUCAAUAAAUAUUUAAAUAUCUUAUGUCCUGUGCAGCAGCUUCAUUUUCAAAGCUCAAAUUCAUUUCGUUUAGCUGGGAAUUCCAUAGAGAUGCAUCUUUGGUCGAUUUAGCACUCCACUGGGAAUUAAUCCAGUGUUUUCUUUCUUCUGCACUGCAUGGCAUGUGGCUAAAGUUCAUUUGCUUGUCAGAACCAUGCUCUAAAGUCGUUGCAUGAAAAAAUGCAACUGCGCUGUACUUUUGGGUCCACAGCUAAACAGCAAUUCUUCUCCAUGCAAAU